AUGGAUAAGCUGAAGUCAUUAAAGACAAAAAGGACUCAACUAAGAAGGACUUUUACAAAGUGUAGUAAUGAAAUGGAUAAAUUACUGGCAGAGGAUAUUAAAGAUGAAGCAGCAAUUAAAAGUAAUCUAAACAAGUUGCAAGAUAAAGCUGAUAGGCUUUUUAAGCUAGAUGAAGACAUCGAGGAAGCCUUGUUUGAAGAUCCUGCAACAACGGAAGAGGACUUAGAAGCUGAGUUUGAUACUACAGAAUCUUACAGAGACAUGUUAUCUUCAAUGAGAGCUAAGUAUGACCAUUUCAUUAUUCAGGUUGGCCUAAGCCAACAGUCAAGAAGUGAAGUCGGGGAUACUGUUCACAGUCUUAAAUUAGUAUCUAAGAAGGGGUUAAGUCUACCUAAAUUACAAUUAAACCAGUUUGAUGGAGAUGUAAAAAAUUGGAUAGGGUUCUGGGGGCAGUUUAAGAAGGUCCAUGAGGAUCCUGAUCUAGAACCUGAGGAUAAGUUCCAAUACCUCAUCCAAUCUUUAAAGCCAGGAUCAUCCCCUAGGGAAUUAGUAGAAAGUUUUCCCCCAUCUGGAACUAAUUAUGUAAAGGCCCUAGAACAAUUAAAAGCAAGAUUUGGUAGGGAUGACUUUUUAAUAGAAGUAUAUGUGAGGGAACUGCUCAGUUUAGUGCUCCAACAAGUAACACUAAGUCCUAAUACCAAACUGUGCCGACUGUAUGACAAACUAGAAACACAGUUAAGGGCACUUGAAACUUUAGGAGUCACUUCAGACAAGUUUGCUUCAAUGCUGUAUCCUCUUGUAGAAUCUGCUUUGCCCGAAGAAAUAUUACGAGCCUGGGAGCGGCAUCGUUCAAGUAAGUUACCACACACACUCUCGACUUCUGCAUUGUCAGAUGAUAAAUCAAGUAAUUUUUUACAAGAACUUCUUGAUUUUCUAAAGGCUGAGGUGGAGAGUGAAGAGAGGCUGGCUCUUGCUCGUUCGAGUUUUAAAUCUGCCACUUCAGGAGACAACAGCAUAUGCAGCAGCCCCAGGAAAAUGUCAACGGUACACGAACCUCAUCAGAGUGAACCUACGGUAGCAGCUCUAUUGACAACUGGUACAGAGGGUCCUAGAAGGUUGGUGAGUAACUGCACUUAUUGUUCUAAAGGAGGGCACAAUGCUCAAGAUUGUUCCUAUUUUCAAAAAUUAACUUUAGAUGGAAGAAAGGAGCAUCUGAAAAAGAAAAAUUGCUGCUUUGUGUGCUUGAAGCAAGGUCACACAGCAAAAAAGUGCAAGGUGUUUGUCAAAUGUCUCUUCUGUGGUAAAAGGCAUUAUGGGAUCAUGUGUAGGGACUUAUAUGAAAGUAGACCUCACUCUAAAAUUGAUGUUGACAAACCAGACUUACUGCAGCAGAGUAUAACUAAGCCUAAGUCAGAGGUUCUCAGUAAUUUUGGAAAUGGUACAGGAGAAACUCUAUUACAGACUCUAUUAGUCAAAGUUGCAGAUGAGAAAGGUAAAGAGUAUUUGGGCAGAGUACUUUUAGAUCCAGGUUCACAGAGGUCCUACAUUACUAAAGACUGUGUCACUAAAUUAGGUCUAAAAGAAACAGGUAGUGAAGUCAUUAAUCAUAGUUUGUUUGGUGGGGUAAAUCUAAAACAAAAAUCUCAUAAAAAUUACCUAGUGACUCUUCAGAAUGUAAAUAACUCUUUCAAGAUAUCUAUUCCUGUGACAGAUCAAGAAACUAUUUGUAACCAUGUACCUAGGCUUAAGAGUGAAGAGUAUUUUGACAUCUUGAAAGAAAAGAACAUUAUUUUAACUGAUGUAGGUGAAAAUGUACCAGAUGUAAAGAUUUUACUUGGUGCAGAUGUAUUAGUGGAUUUGUAUACAGGAACUAUCCAGAGGAUUGACGACAAAUUAGUUGCUAUUGAAACGUACCUUGGAUGGACCGUGAUGGGGAAACAACCACUCAGUGGAAGUCGUAAUACGUCUCUUCUAACUUUAUUUUGCCAGAGUAAACCAGAAUUCAGAGAUCUAGGGAGCUUGGAGACAAUCAGAAUCAAGGGCCCUAUUGAGGUGAAGCAGAGAGACUCCAUUGAUGCAGAAGUAUUCCAACAUUUUAAAGAAAAUGUAAGAGUGAAUGUUGAGAAUAGGUACAAAGUAUGUUUGCCGUGGUUGGAGUUUCCGUGGUUGGAGGGUCAUCCUGAACUCCUAGACAAUCAUGAAAUUGCAGAGAGACGUUUAAUGUCAUCAACUAGAAGAUUAAAUACCCUUAACAAAUUCAACGACUAUGAUCAAGUCUUCAAAGAAUGGUUAGAAGAAGGGAUUAUAAAAAAUGUUCCAGAAUCAGUAGAGUCAACAAAGAUACAUUACCUGCCGCAUCACCCAGUCAUAAAAGAGAGUAGCUUAACUACUAAAAUACGUCCAGUGUUUGAUGGGUCUACAAAGAACAGAAGAUGUAAUUCUUUAAACGAAUGUUUUGCUCCAGGACCAAAUUUGGUAAAUUUAAUUCCAUCUAGUGUAAUGAAAUCCAGGAAGCAGUUGGAUCGGAAAACCAUGAAACAUACAUUGGAGAUCAAUCAAAUAUCCUGGAAGCUCGAUCCUCAGAGCACCCCAUGGUGGGGAGUUAUGUGGAAACAACUUGAGAGAAUGAUGAAAACAUCGAAGAGAUCAAGAUUUAAGAAAAGGUAUCUUGCAAUGCUCGUAUAUGUUGAAACGCAAGAUAAUUCCUCUUCCUCAACCUCUACAGAAACAAGAAGAGGGAAGAAGAUCAAAAUUCCCGAGGAAAAUGGACUUGUGAACUUAAAAGAAAUAUGUAAAUAG